CUGGGCACCGAGAUGAUCGUCACCAAGGCAGGCAGGCGCAUGUUCCCCACCUUCCAGGUGAAGAUAUUCGGCAUGGACCCUAUGGCUGACUACAUGCUCCUCAUGGACUUCGUUCCCGUAGACGACAAGCGAUACCGGUACGCCUUCCACAGCUCCUCCUGGCUGGUGGCCGGCAAAGCCGACCCCGCCACCCCCGGGAGGGUCCAUUACCACCCGGACUCCCCGGCCAAAGGGGCGCAGUGGAUGAAGCAGAUCGUUUCCUUUGAUAAGCUCAAACUGACCAACAAUUUGCUGGACGACAACGGGCAUAUCAUUUUGAACUCCAUGCACAGAUACCAGCCGCGUUUUCACGUGGUCUAUGUGGACCCCCGGAAAGACAGCGAGAAAUACGCGGAGGAGAACUUCAAAACCUUCGUCUUCGAGGAGACACGUUUCACAGCCGUGACCGCCUACCAGAACCACAGGAUCACACAGCUGAAGAUCGCCAGCAACCCUUUUGCCAAGGGAUUCAGAGACUGUGACCCUGAGGACUGGCCCAGGAACCACAGGCCAGGGGCUCUUCCUCUCAUGAGUGCUUUUGCCAGAUCCCGGAAUCCAGUCUCUUCCCCGGCCCACCAGAAUGGGACAGAGAAAGGAGCUGCAGUCAGCCGGCGGGAACUUCGGCGGGGGGCGGGCGGGACGGCUGCACCAGGCGGAGCCGCGCACCAGCGCUCAUGUCCCGCGUUGCUCAGCCCCGCGCUGCCCGGCGGCCCCGGCGGGCUGGUGCCCGCUGUCCGGCCGGGGGCUGGCCGCCGAGCCCCCCGCCCACCACGAACUGCGCCUGGAGCCCGCGCGUCCGAGCCGCUGCACCACCACCCCUACAAGUACCCGCCGGCCGCCUACGACCACUACCUGGGCGCCAACGGCCGGCCCGCCCCUACCCCCUGCCCAGCAUCGCCGGGGCACGGCUACCACCACCACCACAACCACCACAUUGAACGCGGCGCCGCGCCGCGCGCGGCCGCCAACAUGUAUCGGGCCGGCCGGGGCGCCCGCGGCUACGAGUACGUGACCGCGGUAACGGGCCGCGGGACCGGCUCCGCCACGGACACGCCCGCCCGCCGCCCUCGCCUCUCGCCCCUCAGCCACCCGAUUAGGCCGGCCCACCUGAAUUGA